GGGCGGGGUUACGUGCGGCCGGGCCAGCUCGCGCAUCACAGCGAACCAGCGGAGAAGUGCUCGUGAAGUGGGACGGUAGUGAGUAGUGCAGUGUAAGCUUUAUAAACCCGUGCUAAGCGCUCAGACGUGUCAUUCACUUCUAAAGCCAAAUCACCACAGUUUAUCCAUAUAAAUACCUGGAGAGGUCCUAACCUCCAACCAACGAUGACAGAUACAAAGCGUCUUGCGUACUCCAUUAUUCAGUUCCUCCACGACCAGCUAACGUCUGGGGGCUUGUCAUCAGAUGCUCAAGAAAGUCUAGAAGUUGCCAUCCAGUGUCUGGAGACCGCAUUUGGCGUCUCAACUGAGGACCAGAGUUUAGCAGUUUCUGAGACCUUGCCAGAAUUAUUUGCAGCAGCAACCGUCAAGGUAGCAAAUACGCCUCAGGUUAAAGUCACUUCAGCCAGCAGUUCCCCUACAGAGGAUCAACUAGCAGAGGCAGAACAACUGAAAAGUGAUGGUAAUGAGCAAAUGAAGGUGGAAAACUUCAGUGCAGCGGUGGAAUUCUACUCAAAAGCCAUUCAGAUUAACCCACAGAAUGCAGUUUACUUUUGCAAUAGAGCCGCUGCAUACAGCAAACUCGGUAACUACGCCGGAGCCGUUCAAGAUUGUGAGCGUGCAAUCAGCAUUGAUCCCAACUACAGUAAAGCAUAUGGACGAAUGGGGCUGGCACUGUCCAGUUUGAACAAACACAACGAGGCUGUGGGCUACUACAAGAAAGCCCUGGAACUGGACCCUGAGAAUGAAAUGUACAAAACAAAUUUGAAAAUUGCUGAGCAAAAAAUGAAAGAAACACCAAGCCCAACAGGUGGGAUGGGUGGAGUUGACCUUGCUGGUUUGCUCAGUAAUCCAGGUUUCAUGAGCAUGGCUUCUAACCUGAUGAAUAACCCACAAGUACAACAACUGGUGUCAGGAAUGAUGUCUGGAGCGUAUGGGCCUAUGGGUAGCACUGCAGCCCCAACCCCCGGACCGCCAAACGACAUAUCAGGCCUUAUUCAAGCUGGCCAGCAGUUUGCACAGCAAAUGCAACAGCAGAACCCUGAGCUCAUCGAGCAGUUAAGGAGUCAAAUCCGGAGCCGCCCCCCAAGUGCAAGUAAUGAAGAACAAUGACACUUGAAGCGAUGAAGAUUCACCAUAAGGAACACGGAGAAGGCUGGCUCGCUCUUUCUUUCUAUCUUCUUUUUAAGAUCUAUAAUAUUUACAACUCCAGGGACUAAACCAAUUCGACAUCACGUGGAGCGCAUGCACGUGCAGCCGUCGUCCUCCCUGCAUUGCCUGUCUUUUGAAGAAACCAAUGUAGCCAAAAUUUUUAGGUUGUAUUUGGCCACCUAGUUGCUGAAAAAAAAAAAAAAACCUGUAUAGAUGUACAAAAACAUCACCCUGGUUUAUUAUUAUUAUCAUCAUUUCUGUGUAACUAAUACAUUCUAAUGGAGUCAUCACUGCAUUAUGGACUGGAUCGAAACAAAAUGGUUUCCAUUCUGCAGUAACAAGCUGUCUUUAUGUGAGCAGAAGAGUUUGUAAGAGAUAUGUACAAUGUUGAUAUGGAAAUUAAAUGUCACAUUUCAAGUAGGAUAUGAUUAAUGUGAUCCAUAGGAAUCUACAGGAGUGCUGCAGAAUGUUUUGCCAAAGGUCAUGCUGUGAGCUUUUUGUUUUCCUUUUAAUUAAAGGCUGCCAUUUUCAUUAA